AUGGCGUCCGUAAAUGUCAGUGAAGGAACGUUCUCCGAUGUACUCAAGUGGAAUUUUCGAACCAUUAGUGUUUUAACACUGUGUGGGAUGAUCACUAUAUUGACUAUUUUAGGCAAUGGUUUAGUGUUGAUUUCAGUUAAAUUUCGUCUUCAUGCUCGAUCCUACUCAGAUUAUUUUAUUGUUAGCUUAUGUUUAGCCGAUUUUCUUGUUGGUCUAUUCGUCAUGCCAUUGAUGACCGUGCAUUCGUUACAUUUGCGUUGGCCAUUUCAUUAUCGUCUUUGCUAUGUUUGGAUGGCGAUUGACUUUACUUGUUCAACAGCAUCGUUUCUCACACUUGCUUCAAUGGCCUUGGAUCGAUAUUGGGCUUUGACAGCACCGUAUUUUCAUCUACGGAAUCGAUCACAUUCGUCAAUAUUAGUAUUUAUUGUUAGUUCAUGGGCGAUCCCAUUUGCUAUAUGGCCGAGUUCGAUAGUUAUUGCACAUCAUUAUGCAACAAACAAACCAGACUGUGUUCAUCCUGCACGUCCAUAUAUAAUUCUGAUCUUAUGUACAUUUUUCUAUUAUAUUCCAUUAUUGUUUAUGCUUGCUUGUUAUUCAAGAAUUAUCGUUAACAUAAAAAAUAUUGAAGUUCUCAUACGAGGCACUUGGGACACAAUUAAUUUGAAUGGAUCAUCAAACGACUUGAAAACAUCUGUUGUGGCAACGGCAGCAGGAACGUCACCGAUUUAUAAUUAUCUGCAUCAUAACAAGAGUAACUCAACUACAACAUCAUCGUCGAUGCCUUUAUCGUCACUACGAGCGCUUAUUUAUAAAUAUUUUCAGCGAAACCGAACAAAGAAGUCCAAUCGACAAGAUAUUCUGAGUGUAAAUGAAAAGCCUGUUAGUGUUCACGAAGUUGUGAUUAAUCAGAAACCAGCUGAUGAACAUCGUCAUCAUGCGAAAAGACGAGCGAGACGCUCAACAACUGUGUUAAAAGAUAUGAAAAUUAAAAGCUUACCUACACAUGUUGCUCGUCAUCCCCCGCGAUACACAACGACUGCAACAUUUACGGGCCAGAAACGUUUUACUGUUGAAGUCAAUCAAGACAACCGACAAAAAACCCAUCAAGACGAAGAACAUCAAUUAGUUCGAGCUCGUCUCAGUACUCGUACGUCAUCAUUACCAGCUGCUCGUUGUGUGUCGUAUUAUUAUUAUCAACAACAACAACAACAUCAAAAUCACUCUCAGACAAUAAUCACCAAAGCAAUUAUCGAAGAUUGUCAUCAUCCCACUCUGCCUCCCUCUCAUCAGGACAUUGAUCACACUCAUCAACCACAUGUACCUAUCAACGAACGUAGUCGAUCACUAUCUCAUUCAUCCGCGCAAUGUCCGAACAAGAACAUCAAUAACAAUAAUAAUAACAACAAUGGUAUCACUCCGGUCGAUCUCUCGGACCAUAGUUCAUCAUUUGACAAUCCUCUCGACGACGAUCAUCGUCGGUUUAACCAUAAUAAUCCACAGUCACAUUUAUCUACAUCCUAUCAUUCCAGUCGAUACAGCCAACGAGCUGUAGCACAAUUUUUACAUGAACGACAUAAAGCACGGUUACGACGUAAUCAAAAAGCUAGUCGAAUGCUGGGAAUACUUCUCGCUGUUUUUCUCAUUUGUUGGCUUCCAUUCACAAUCUCUUAUCCAACAAUGAUUUUGUACCCAAAUAAGUUCCCAGGUGCUCUUCAAAGUAUUAUUUUCUGGUUCGGCUAUAUCAAUUCGCUACUCAAUCCGUUUCUCUACGUGUACAGUUCACGAAAUUUUCGUCAAGCGAUUAUUGAAACUCUGUGUUGUUACUUUCGAUUUCGAUCACGCCGGCAAUUACGUUAUCAAUGGUCACUUCGUCGUCGACAAAAUUAG